GGAAUCAUGUCUGACAUCAAUAUCAACCUCCAGUGCGCCGAGUGCAACCAUCGCCGAGGAGUCUUGUACUACGCGAAUCCCCUGGCUUGGGGUCGUCCUUGUCGCCAGUGCCGCAGGAUGAUGUCCAGAAAUGUCGUGGUGGUGCCCACUCAGGUGGGAGUACCAGUUGCCACCAAUAACAUCAGCACCACAACUACUUUUGUGCCAGUUUCUGUGUCCACCCGCUAA